AGAUGGCGAGCUGGGUCCAGGCCGCUCCUCUCCUCCCCCUGCUCCUCCUGUUUUGCCUGUCUGCAGCCGGGGGCCAGCUGAAGGAGGAGGCGGUCCUGGACUUCCCCUCCAAAACGGCCAUCAACAACGUGGUUCAGGACCCUCGGAGUGGCCGCAUCUACCUGGGCGCCGUCAACACCAUCUACCAGCUGGACGAGGCGCUGCGUGAGGAGGCCCGCACCGAGACAGGCCCCAGGGAGGACGCCCGCACCUGCACCCCACCCGUCUCGGCCUGCCAGGACACCAAGCCCACCCCUAACGUCAACAAGCUGCUGCUGGUGCACCCAGCCAACGGCUCGCUCAUCGUCUGUGGCUCCCGCUACCGGGGUAUCUGUUCCCUCCUCAACCUGACCAACGUGGAGCAGCAGCUGUACUACAGCGACUCUAAGGGAGAGAGGACCUACGUAGCUAGUAUUGAGGACGGGGUGGCCGUGGUGGGCGUCAUGUCUACAUACGUUAAAGACGGCAACACCUUUAAUGUGUUUCUAGUGGGGAAGGGCUACGGCAGCUUGGACAGCUCCAAACUCAUCAGCACCCGCAUUCUCCAGGACUACCGUGACUGGGUGGUGUUCGAGAGCAUCAUCGAGGCGUCCACCGUUCAAGCCACGCCCUUCGUGCCCAAGUACCUGCACGACUUCCGCCACGCCUUCAAAGAGGAGGGCUUUGUCUACUUCCUGUUCUCCAGGACCAUGGGAAGCACCGACAACAAGAACUUCACCUUUGUGUCUCGGCUGUGUGAGGACGACCCUCAUUACUACUCUUACACAGAGCUGCAGCUCAACUGUGGCCCGGGGAACAGGUACAACAAGGUGCAGGCUGCUUAUGUCGCGUCGCCAGGUAAAGAGCUGGCCAGGGGGAUGACAGAGUCAGGCCAGUAUGGUCAAGUCCUCCCCUGGCACAAGGUGCUGUUCAUGGUGGCCAGUCCCUAUGAUGACAGCACUGACUCGGCCCUGUGCAUGUACCCUCUAAAGGCCAUUAACGAGAGGCUGGUGGACAUCAUCAGCGCCUGUUACAGCGACUCGGGCAAGAUCGCCGGCAUCCCUGCUGUGGACAUCCCCUACUCAUCCAAGACAGACGAGUUCUGCACCUCCCGCAUUAACGUAAGUAGCUCAGCCAUUAUCAUCCACUUCAAAAGACACGUCAGAAGAGAAGAAAGAGAGUCAGUGAUUUGAAACGAAUUUCCCCUUUAAUCAAUAAUGCAAAGAUAUGACACAUUGGGUUGGAUUUCAGGCCUUUGUUUUCAGGGGGUUUCUUUUGGUCUGAAGGGAUCCUGCAGGGUAUAUCUCUCAUCUCUUUCCCUUGAAAGAUUGGUUUAAAAAGCCAGUCUGCAGUCGAAAUUAUAACAGUGUUUUUUUUGGUAAAAAAAGCUUGAAUAAAUGUAACCACUCUCAAAUUCCUAGACAGAGCUAUGGAUGCCAGGACUGACCAUCCAUGAUAUCAAAUUAUAGUUUUAACCAUGUUUUGAGGCUAUACACUGUUUGUUUACAUUUGCAAUGUUUACAAACAAUGGAGUAAAACAAGCUUAUAUUUUGGUUCUGAUGGUGUACGACAGUUGAACUAAGCUUAUGAGGCAUUUAGAAGUUAUAUUCAUCAAGAAGCAAUGGAUACAUAUAAUACAUUGGAUGGAUACAUUAAUUUGGAUACAUUAUGGAUACAUUAAUUUGGAUACAUAAUGGAUACAUUAAUUUAUAAGUCCAAAAAUGGAUGUAGCAAAUGCAGAUUGCCCCUUUAAUGGAACUAGUAGAUCUCCUAUCUCUUCUCUUUCCCUCUGCAGAAAGACACGCUGAACAACUUUAAGUGUGGGGCGGACUUCCUUCCCGCUCCGCUGGCCAGUAAGCCAGAGUUUGCCCUGCAGGCGGAGGAGGUCAUCACCAGGACGGGCCUGCUGACCGCUGUGGCCAUCGCUGUGGAGAACGACCACACUAUCGCCUUCCUGGGGAACAGCCUGGGAGAGGUGUACAAGGUAAGGAAAGGACGCUACGGAACAGGACGUGUGGUGUGGAAGAGGGGGUUUCGGGGAGGUCUACAAGAUGUGGGGCUAGGGGAGGUUGCUGGUGGACAGAUUAUUUUGUUGUUUGUGCUGUGCCCCAUUGAAGGAGCCUAGCAUGUGUUGCGAAGGAGCCUAGCAUGUGUUGCGAAGGAGCCUAGCGUGUGUUUCUGCCUGGCAGGUGCAUCUGACCGCCAACCCAGAGGUGUACAGCAGAGGACCAGGGGACACCACAGGGGAACGAGUCAACAAAAACCUAUUCUUUGACGCCAGCCACAGCCACCUGUAUAUCACCACCGAGAAAAAGGUACAGUCCUCCAUUACCGUUCUGUACAGUCUUCCAUUACCGUUCUGUACAGACCUCCAUUACAGUUCUGGACAGUCCUCCAUUACCGUUCUGUACAGUCCUCCAUUACCGUUCUGUACAGUCCCCAAUUACCGUUCUGUACAGUCCUCCAUAACCGUUCUGUAUAGUCCCCCAUUACCGUUCUGGAUAGUCCUCCAUUACCGUUCUGUACAGUCCUCCAAUACCGUUCUGUACAGUCCUCCAUUAUCGUUCUGGAUAGUCCUCCAUUACCGUUCUGUACAGUCCUCCAAUACCGUUCUGUACAGUCCUCCAUUAUCGUUCUGUACAGACCUCCAUUACUGUUCUCUACAGACCUCCAGACAGUUCUGUACAGUCCUCCAUUACCAUUCUGUACAGUCCUCCAAUACCGUUCUCUACAGACCUCCAUACCGUUCUCUACAGACCUCCCGACAGUUCCGCUGUUUGUCAGUGUUGUUGUUAUUGCUGUAGAGAGAAAGGGACAGGCCCUGUGUGUUUAUCACAGCUGGAGGAAUUCAUGCUGUUAUUGUUUGUGUUGUUGACAGUGCGAUACUAUAGAUCACCAAGGUGCCAGUUUAAAAGUGAAUUUCAACGUUACAGACAUUUCAGUGUUCCGAUAGACCUCCCGUCCUGACAUGUUUGUAUCUCUGAGGUUCCUCUGUAAUGCUGUUUAUGUUGUGGGCUGUGUCUGUGUAUUACUGCUAUAGAUCACCAAGGUGCCAGUGCAGGCGUGCCAUCUGAAAACAGACUGCCAGUCCUGUGUGUCCCUACGAGACCCCUACUGUGGCUGGUGUGUUCUGGAGGGCAGGUAAGAAAGAAGAAAGAAAGUCGCACACUCUGUAUGCUCCUAAUCAUUUAAUGCAGAGAACCAGGUAAGCAUAUCUCUCUCUCCCGUGUCCCUCUAAACAGCCCUAGAUAGGGCCUGACUCCAUCAGUGGAGUGUAGCUGUGUAUUUGCUCUAGUGUUUUAUGGCUGACAGUCCCAGAACUCCCCCCCCCCAUUGUGUUUCUGCACUACUUCCCUAUUUAUGUGGCACCGAGAGCAGUCUUUUUGUUAGGGCCAUAUAAGGAGAGCUGCACUGUAUAAGUGAUUCUGUAUAUCGGUACGGUAGCUGAUAACACUCAGACAAGAGGUCAUUUAAUGACAGGAAAUGGCUGCUAUUCAGGGUCAGAGGUCACUGUGAGACAGGAAGUAAUGUGUGACCAGCGGACAAACUGGACAGAGAGCAGUGGCUGAUGGGUGUUGGUGUUCCAGGUGUACCAGGAGGUCUUACUGCCGGCGAGCAGAGGAGAAGAACGGCUGGCUGUGGAGCCCCAGGCAGCAGUGUGUGAAGAUCGUGUCCUUCCACCCACCCAACCUCAGCUGCAAAAAGACCCAGCAGGUAGUUUACUGUACUGGGCCUUGCACUGGCAGUCUUGCCUAGAUAAGAAGUCAUAAGAAAUGUUUCCAUUUGGAAUCAGCAACCCUCUACUCUGAAACAAUCUACACUCUAUUGAUCCGGCUCAGAAAACUGAAAAUUGGCUUAUUAAAACUGAGAAAUGUGCUAGCGCUCAAAGCACCUCCUCUGACUCUGCUCUCUACCCUCUCUCUCUCUGUUUCUCUCUCAUUCUCUCCUUCUCUCUCUCUGUUUCUCUCUCAUUCUCUCCUUCUCUCUCUCUGUUUCUCUCUCAUUCUCUCCUUCUCUCUCUCUCUGUUUCUCUCUCAUUCUCUCCUUCUCUCUCUCUUGUUCUCUGUUUUUCUUCCUUCCUUUCUCUCUCUCCCCCUUUCUUUAUUUCUCUCUCUCUCACUCUCUCUCUUUCAAUUCAAUUUCAAUUUCAAUUUAAGGGCUUUAUUGGCAUGGGAAAUGUAUGUUAACAUUGCCAAAGCAAGUGAAGUAGAUGGUAAACAAAAGUGAAAUAAACAAUCGAAAUUAACAGUAAACAUUACACUCAGAUGUUCCAAAAGAAUAAAGACAUUUCAAAUGUCAUAUUAUGUAUAUAUACAGUGUUGUAACAAUGUGCAAAUAGUUAAAGUACAAAUGGGAAAAUAAAUAAACAUAAAUAUGGGUUGUAUUUACAAUGGUGUUUGUUCUUCACUGGUUGCCCUUUUCUUGUGGCAACAGGUCACACAUCUUGCUGCUGUGAUGGCACACUGUGGUAUUUCACCCAGUAGAUAAGGGAGUUUAUCAAAAUUGGGUUUGUUUUUUCGAAUUCUUUGUGGAUCUGUGUAAUCUGAGGGAAAUAUGUGUCUCUAAUAUGGUCAUACAUUUGGCAGGAGGUUAGGAAGUGCAGCUCAGUUUCCACCUCAUUUUGUGGGCAGUGUGCACAUAGCCUGUCUUUUCUUGAGAGCCAGGUCUGCCUACGGUGGCCUUUCUCAAUAGCAAGGCUAUGCUCACUGAGUCUGUACAUAGUCAAAGCUUUCCUUAAGUUUGGGUCAGUCACAGUGGUCAGGUAUUCUGCCACUGUGUACUCUCUGUUCCAAUGUGUCAAGUAAUUAUCUUUUAGUUUUCUCAUGAUUUGGUUGGGUCUAAUUGUGUUGUUGUCCUGGGGCUCUGUGGAGUCUGUUUGUGUUUGUGAACAGAGCCCCAGGACCAGCUUGCUUAGGGGACUCUUCUCCAAGUUCAUCUCUCUGUAGGUGAUGGCUUUGUUAUGGAAGGUUUGGGAAUCGCUUCCUUUUAAGUGGUUAUAGAAUUUAACGGCUCUUUUCUGGAUUUGGAUAAUUAGCGGGUAUCGGCCUAAUUCUGGUCUGCAUGCAGUAUUUUGUGUUUUUCGUUGUAUACAGAGGAUAUUUUUGCAGAAUUCUGCAUGCAGUUUCAAUUUGGUGUUUGUCCCAUUUUGUAAAUUCUUGGUUGGUGAACGGACCCUAGACCUCACAACCAUAAAGGGCAAUGGGGUUCUAUAACUGAUUCAAGUAUUUUUAGCCAGAUCCUAAUUGGUAUAUCAAAUUUUAUGUUCCUUUUGAUGGCAUAGAAGGCCCUUCAUGCCUUGUCUCUCAGAUUGUUCACAGCUUUGUGGAAGUUACCUGUGGCGCUGAUGUUUAUGCCGAGGUACAGUGCCUUGCAAAAGUAUUCAUCCCCUUGGCGUUUUUCCUAUUUUGUUGCAUUACAACCUGUAAUUUAAAUUGAUUUUUAUUUGGAUUUCAUGUGAUGGACAUACACAAAAUAGUCCAAAUUGGUGAAGUGAAAUGAAAAAAAUAACUUGUUUCAAAAAAUUCUAAGAAAUUAAUAACGGAAAAGUGGUGCGUGCAUAUGUAUUCACCCUCUUUGCUAUGAAGCCCCUAAAUAAGAUCUGGUGCAACCAAUUACCUUCAGAAGUCACAUAAUUAGUUAAAUAAAGUCCACCUGUGUGCAAUCUAAGUGUCACAUGAUCUGUCACAUGAUCUCAGUAUAUAUACAGUGGGGGAAAAAAGUAUUUAGGCAGCCACCAAUUGUGCAAGUUCUCCCACUUAAAAAGAUGAGAGAGGCCUGUAAUUUUCAUCAUAGGUACACAUCAACUAUGACAGACAAAUUGAGAAUGUUUUUUCUCCAGAAAAUCACUGUAGGAUUUUUAAUGAAUUUAUUUGCAAAUUAUGGUGGAAAAUAAGUAUUUGGUCACCUACAAACAAGCAAGAUUUCUGGCUCUCACAGACCUGUAACUUCUUCUUUACGAGGCUCCUCCACUCGUUACCUGUAUUAAUGGCACCUGUUUGAACUUGUUAUCAGUAUAAAAGACACCUGUCCACAACCUCAAACAGUCACACUCCAAACUCCACUAUGGCCAAGACCAAAUAGCUGUCAAAGGACACCAGAAACAAAAUUGUAGACCUGCACCAGGCUGGGAAGACUGGUUUGAAGAAAUCAACUGUGGGAGCAAUUAUUAGGAAAUGGAAGACAUACAAGACCACUGAUAAUCUCCCUCGAUCUGGGGCUCCACGCAAGAUCUCACCCCGUGGGGUCAAAAUGAUCACAAGAACGGUGAGCAAAAAUCCCAGAACCACACGGGGGGACCUAGUGAAUGACCUGCAGAGAGCUGGGACCAAAGUAACAAAGCCUACCAUCAGUAACACACUACGCCGCCAGGGACUCAAAUCCUGCAGUGCCAGAUGUGUCCCCCUGCUUAAGCCAGUACAUGUCCAGGCCCGUCUGAAGUUUGCUAGAGUGCAUUUGGAUGAUCCAGAAGAGGAUUGGGAGAAUGUCAUAUGGUCAGAUGAAACCAAAAUAGAACUUUUUGGUAAAAACUCAACUCGUCGUGUUUGUAGGACAAAGAAUGCUGAGUUGCAUCCAAAGAACACCAUAACUACUGUGAAGCAUGGGGGUGGAAACAUCAUGCUUUGGGGCUGUUUUUCUGCAAAGGGACCAGGACGACUGAUCCGUGUAAAGGAAAGAAUGAAUGGGGCCAUGUAUCGUGAGAUUUUGAGUGAAAACCUCCUUCCAUCAGCAAGGGCAUUGAAGAUGAAACGUGGCUGGGUCUUUCAGCAUGACAAUGAUCCCAAACACACCGCCCGGGCAACGAAGGAGUGGCUUCGUAAGAAGCAUUUCAAGGUCCUGGAGUGGCCUAGCCAGUCUCCAGAUCUCAACCCCAUAGAAAAUCUUUGGAGGGAGUUGAAAGUCCGUGUUGCCCAGCGACAGCCCCAAAACAUCACUGCUCUAGAGGAGAUCUGCAUGGAGGAAUGGGUCAAAAUACCAGCAACAGUGUGUGAAAACCUUGUGAAGACUUACAGAAAACGUUUGACCUGUGUCAUUGCCAACAAAGGGUAUAUAACAAAGUAUUGAGAAACUUUUGUUAUUGACCAAAUACUUAUUUUCCACCAUAAUUUGCAAAUAAAUUCAUUAAAAAUCCUACAAUGUGAUUUUCUGGAUUUUUUUUUCUCAGUUUGUCUGUCAUAGUCGACGUGUACCUAUGAUGAAAAUUACAGGCCUCUCUCAUCUUUUUAAGUGGGAGAACUUGCACAAUUGGUGGCUGACUAAAUACUUUUCCCCCCACUGUAAACCUGUUCUGAAAGGCCCAGAGUCUGCAACACCUCUAUGAAAGGGCACCACCAAGCAAGCGGCACCAUGAAGACCAAGGAGCUCUCCAAACAGGUCAGGGACAAAGUUGUGGAGAAGUACAGAUCAGGGUUGGGUUAUAAAAAAAUAUCUGAAACAUUUAACAUCCCACGGAGCACCAUUAAAUCCAUUAUUAAAAAAUGGAAAGAAUAUGGCACCACAACAAACCUGCCAAAAGGCAUGUGGGAGACUCCCCAAACAUAUGGAAGAUGGUACUCUGGUCAGAUGAGACUAAAAUUGAGCCUUUUGGCCAUCAAGGAAAACGCUAUGUCUGGCGCAAACCCAACACCUCUCAUCACCCCGAGAACACCAUCCCCACAGGCUAGAUGUGCCAAGCUUAUAGAGACAUACCCCAAGAGACUUGCAGCUGUAAUUGCUGCAAAAGGUGGCUCUACAAAGUAUUGAGUUUGGGGGGGUGAAUAGUUAUGCACGCUCAAGUUUUCUGUUUUUUUGUCUUAUUUCUUGUUUGUUUCGCAAUAAAACAUAUUUUGCAUCUUCAAAGUGGUAGGCAUGUUGUGUAAAUCAAAUGAUUCAAACCCCCUAAAAAUCCAUUUUAAUUCCAGGUUGUAAGGCAACAAAAUAGGAAAAAUGCCAAGGGGGUUGAAUACUUUCGCAAGCCACUGUAUGUAAAGUUUUUUGUGUGCUCUAGGGCAACGGUGUCUAGAUUUACAUUUACAAUUUUUUUUAGAUGGAAUUUGUAUUUGUGGACCUUUUUUGGAACACCAUUAUUUUUGUCUUACUGAGAUUUACUGUUAAGGCCCAGGUCUGACAGAAUAUUUGCAGAAGAUCUACGUGCUGCUGUAGGCCCUCCUUGGUCUCUCUCUCUCUCUCUCUCUCUCUCUCCCCCCUUAUCUUAUGUACUCUGUCUUUCUCUCUCUCAGGUGGAGAUCAACGUGCCCUCCCUCCCCUCCAUCGGGCAGGCAGACCGUCUGCGCUGUGUGUUCCCCUCCUAUAUGAGUGACGCCACCAUGUCCUCUGGCCAGGUCACCUGUGCCCUGCCCAACCCUGUCUCUUUACCAUCCACAACUGAACACCAGGGUAGGACAUGACACUCAGCCUCCACUGUCACUGUAGUAUGGGUCAGGAGUUCUUCCUAGAAAAAAAGGAGCUAUCUAGAACCUAAAAGGUUUCUUCGUCUGUCCCCAUAGGACAACCCUUUGAAGAAUCCUUUUUGGUUCCAGGUAGAGCCCUUUUGGUUCCAGGUAGAACCCUUUUGGUUCCAGGUAGAACCCUUUUGGAUUCCAUUUAGAACCCUUUCCACAGAGGGUUCUACAUCGAACCCAAAAGGGUUCUACCUGGAACCAAAAAGGGUUCUCCUUUUUGUAGGCUGUAUCUACCUAGGGACCAGAGUAUUUCCUUGUCAGGUCAUGUAGUCAGGAAAGACUCCUGGUCCUAUAUAGCUACAGUGGGGAGAACAAGUAUUUGAUACACUGCCGAUUUUGCAGGUUUUCCUACUUACAAAGCAUGUAGAGGUCUGUAAUUUUUAUCAUAGGUACACUUCAACAGUGAGAGACGGAAUCUAAAACAAAAAUCCAGAAAAUCACAUUGUAUGAUUUUUAAGUAAUUAAUUUGCAUUUUAUUGAAUGACAUAAGUAUUUGAUACAUCAGAAAAGCAGAACUUAAUAUUUGGUACAGAAACCUUUGUUUGCAAUUACAGAGAUCAUACGUUUCCUGUAGGUCUUGACUAGCUUGCACACACUGCAGCAGGGAUUUUGGCCCACUCCUCCAUACAGACCUUCUCCAGAUCCUUCAGGUUUCGGGGCUGUCGCUGGGCAAUACGGACUUUCAGCUCCCUCCAAAGAUUUUCUAUUGGGUUCAGGUCUGGAGACUGGCUAGGCCACUCCAGGACCUUGAGAUGAUUCUUACGGAGCCACUCCUUAGUUGCCCUGACUGUGUGUUUCGGGUCGUUGUCAUGCUGGAAGACCCAGCCACGACCCAUCUUACUGAGGGAAGGAGGUUAUUGGCCAAGAUCUCACGAUACAUGGCCCCAUCCAUCCUCCCCUCAAUACGGUGCAGUCGUCCUGUCCCCUUUGCAGAAAAGGAUCCCCAAAGAAUUAUGUUUCCACCUCCAUGCUUCACGGUUGGGAUGGUGUUCUUGGGGUACUCAUCCUUCUUCUUCCUCCAAACACGACGAGUGGAGUUUAGACCAAAAAGCUCUAUUUUUGUCUCAUCAGACCACAUCACCUUCUCCCAUUCCUCCUCUGGAUCAUCCAGAUGGUCAUUGGCAAACUUCAGAUGGGCCUGGACAUGCGCUGGCUUAAGCAGGGGGACCUUGCGUGCACUGCAGGAUUUUAAUCCAUGACGGCGUAGUGUGUUACUAAUGGUUUUCUUUGAGACUGUGGUCCCAGCUCUCUUCAGGUCAUUGACCAGGUCCUGCCGUGUAGUUCUGGGCUGAUCCAAACAAAGGUUUCUGUACCAAAUAUUAAGUUCUGCUUUUCUGAUGUAUCAAAUACUUAUGUCAUUCAAUAAAAUGCAAAUUAAUUACUUAAAAAUCAUCCAAUGUGAUUUUCUGGAUUUUUGUUUUAGAUUCCGUCUCUCACAGUUGAAGUGUACCUAUGAUAAAAAUGACAGACCUCUACAUGCUUUGUAAGUAGGAAAACCUGCAAAAUCGGCAGUGUAUCAAAUACUUGUUCUCCCCACUGUAUAUCUUACUGAGCUCUGUAUGUUAUGUGGAUUUCACUGCAACCUGUAUCUUCACCAAUCACAAGGACACUCAUUUGCGCUGUUCCUCUCUGCCCGUAGAUUUCGUGUCGGUGCCCAUUAAGAUCUUUGUGAACGAGUCGGUGGAGCUGGCAACCAGAGAGUUCAAGUUCUACAAUUGUUCAGCCACUGUGAGGAAAGCAGAAAACACACCGUGAGUUAACUCUCUGAACUGCUCACUGUGCCUACAACCUUGAUGGAAAUGAAUAGCAGCAUGUGAACAAAUGAGAGAAGGUUUUCUAUUAGUAAAUUGUGAUUCAUGACUGCAAUUGAAUGCACCUCUUGCAUUUUGACCCUUUUUUAUUACCAACCGGAGGAAAUUACUUCAGUUUCCUUUUCAUUAAUCAAAAAAUGAAAGUCCAUCUCCGACGUAUAUGUUUUUUUUCUCUCGCUGCUUCCUGCGUUGUUUUUUCAUCCGGAGGAAGCAUGUGAUAAAUGAGCUUUGUUUAUCGGAAGUUAAAGAGAUAUAUUUACCAUCAACAACAUGGGUACUGUUAUAGGAAUACUAUCACAGGUUUACAUGUUUUUAAAUGAGAGUGCCUCCCUGCUUUGGACGUGUGUCUUAGGUGUAUGUCGUGUGUGGCCAGUCCAUGGGGCUGCCAGUGGAACACCCAGGACCACACCUGCCAGGACAUGGAUGACACUGUGUUGGGCCCUCAAAUCAUCAAACACAGACAGGUAUGUGCUCCAUUAAAUGUGUUAAUAUACAUUAAGAUUUGUUGGAGUCAUAAGCUUUUGUAUGGAAUAUCAAUUUGCAUGUCAGCAGAUGCUUAAGAGAACUGACAAAUGAUCAUUCUGGAUGAGAGUUUGUCUGCUGAAUUUUCGAAGUACAAAAAUGUACAUUUCAUUUUCAUCUCUGUUUAGGGAGCAAGGUGUCCCCAGUUUGAGAACCCUGACCCUGUGCUCAUUCCUGUUGGGUUCAAAACCACCAUCAGCUUCGAGGGCAUCAAUCUGGAUGUGUACCAGGUAAAUGAAAACAUUUUAAUGUUUUAUAUACAGUGAGGGAAAAAAGUAUUUGAUCCCCUGCUGAUUUUGUACGUUUGCCCACUGACAAAGAAAUGAUCCGUCUAUAAUUUUAAUGGUAGGUUUAUUUGAACAGUGAGAGACAGAAUAACAACAAAAGAAAUCCAGAAAAACGCAUGUCAAAAAUGUUAUAAAUUGAUUAGCAUUUUAAUGAGGGAAAUAAGUAUUUGACCCCCUCUCAAUCAGAAAGAUUUCUGGCUCCCAGGUGUCUUUUAUACAGGUAACGAGCUGAGAUUAGGAGCACACUCUUAAAGGGAGUGCUCCUAAUCUCAGUGUGUUACCUGUAUAAAAGACACCUGUCCACAGAAGCAAUCAAUCAAUCAGAUUCCAAACUCUCCACCAUGGCCAAGACCAAAGAGCUCUCCAAGGAUGUCAGAGACAAGAUUGUAGACCUACACAAGGCUGGAAUUGGCUACAAGACUAUCGCCAAGCAGCUUGGUGAGAAGGUGACAACAGUUGGUGCGAUUAUUCGCAAAUGGAAGAAACACAAAAUAACUGUCAAUUUCCCUCGGCCUGGGGCUUCAUACAAGAUCACAACUCGUGGAGUUGCAAUGAUCAUGAGAACGGUGAGGAAUCAGCCCAGAACUACACGGGAGGAUCUUGUCAAUGAUCUCAAGGCAGCUGGGACCAUAGUCACCAAGAAAACAAUUGCUCACACAAUACGCCGUGAAGGACUGAAAUCCUGCAGCGCCCGCAAGGUCCCCCUGCUCAAAAAAGCACAUAUACAGGCCCGUCUGAAGUUUGCCAAUGAACAUCUGAAUGAGUCAGAGGAGAACUGGGUGAAAGUGUUGUGGUCAGAUGAGACCAAAAUGGAGCUCUUUGGCAUCAACUCAACUUGCCGUGUUUGGAGGAGGAGGAAUGCUGCCUAUGACCCCAAGAACACCAUCCCCACCGUCAAACAUGGAGGUGGAAACAUUAUGCUUUGGGGGUGUUUUUCUGCUAAGGGAACAGGACAACUUCACCGCAUCAAAGAGAUGAUGGACGGGGCCAUGUACCGUCAAAUCUUGGGUGAGAACCUCCUUCCCUCAGCCAGGGCAUUGAAAAUGGGUCGUGGAUGGGUAUUCCAGCAUGACAAUGACCCAAAACACAUGGCCAAGGCAACAAAGGAGUGGCUCAAGAAGAAGCACAUUAAGGUCCUGGAGUGGCCUAGCCAGUCUCCAGACCUUAAUCCCAUAUAAAAUCUGUGGAGGGAGCUGAAGGUUCUAGUUGCCAAACGUCAGCCUCGAAACCUUAAUGACUUGGAGAAGAUCUGCAAAGAGGAGUGGAACAAAAUCCCUCCUGAGAUGUGUGCAAACCUGGUGGCCAACUAUAAGAAACGUCUGACCUCUGUAAUUGCCAACAAGGGUUUUGCCACCAAGUACUAAGUCAUGUUUUGCAGAGGGGUCAAAUACUUAUUUCCCUCAUUAAAAUGCUAAAUCAAUUUAUAACAUUUUUGACAUGCGUUUUUCUGGAUUUCUUUUGUUGUUAUUCUGUCUCUCACUGUUCAAAUAAACCUACCAUUAAAAUUAUAGAAUGAUCAUGUCUUUGUCAGUGGGCAAACGUACAAAAUCAGCAGGGGAUCAAAUACUUUUUUCCCUCACUGUAACUGUUAUAUAUGUUUACUGCUGUUAGGUUUACAAUUAGACACUCUUAGAAUCUAUGAAAGUUAAAAGAACAGUAGGCACUAGUUAGUGAUGAAUCAGACUAUAGUAACAUUGAGUUGAACCCUUGAUUACUGAGCCUGUAUAAAGCUAACCCAUCUGCUCCUCUGAAGGACCGGGCGUUCACCAUCGGCACAGAGCUGAUGGGGAACAUGAAGGAGGACGUCAGGUCUGAAGACGGGCCCUUCUACAGUUUCAAAGGUUUUAAUGUACGUCAAUAAUGCUUAUUGAUCCACACCUAUCAAUAGUAGCUUUCACUUCACUCCAUCUAAAAGAGGUGAAGGGUUCAUAAGGUGUUGCUUGGUCAUGAUAUUGUAUUGUAUGGUCACUUCACCUGGUUUGUGUCAGUCAGUUUGAUAUUAUAGCACCCCCUCAUGGACAAAAAACCCAAUGUUAUUUCUACAUCCUCAAACUGCAUUUUCUGUGAUUGGAAAACUUAUUAGAAACAGUACAGAUAGUUAUUUUCAGACAUUGAUUUCUUCUGAUGUUUCUGAAUGGUUGCCAAAGUGUGUAAGUUAUGAAGAGAUCUUUUCUCAGGCACGAUUUGGAAAUGUGAAGUGUCAUUAAUCGCUGUAUUAAUAAUUAGUCGGGUUGCCGUUUCUAGUUUUCCUUCGAUAAGUCACAGGAGACCAACGUUCUGUUCUACGUGAAGGACAAAGAGACGGGCAAGAAGAUAGACAGCACGCUGAAUGGUAAGUGGUACAUCCGAAUAUGCAGCCCUGUUGACAACAUCCCAAAGGAUCAUGUGGACAUAAAAUGACAAUUGGGGAAGCCUUAUUUGGUAAAGUGAUACAUUAAUACACUGAUACAUUUACUGACAUACUCUUUGCCAUCAUCUAAGUGAAUUGGUCCAAAACCAUUAUUGUACUACUGAUGGCCCAGUGGCAUGUAAAUGAAAUGACAGAAUAGCCAUAGUAUUCUAAGGCAUCCCUCUCCUCUUCCUUCACAGUGACCCUAUAUAACUGCUCAUUGGGCCGGGAGGAUUGCAGCCUGUGUAAGAACGCUGAUCCUAAGUACAGUUGUGUGUGGUGUGCCAAGAGGAAGUCGUGCGUCUAUCAAAAGCUGUGUAUUGACCAGGCCACAGAGGACCUACAGGACACAGAGUGCCCUGACCCACAGAUCACUGACGUGAGUAGCACCCACAGUACAGUAGUCAUCUCUUAACUCUAUACUAAUAACCUAUCUUUGAACCUGCAACAUUAUCGACUGUUGAUUAUCACUGACUUACUAGAUAUUUUGAUGUUCUCUUCAUUGAUUGGUCUAUUUUAUCUCCCGGUAGCUACUGACGAUGAGAUCAGUUCAUAGUCUGUUCAUUUGCUAUUGAAUGCCCACACACAAAAGAGGCACCUCUGAUCAAUUGUCAAUUCUAAAGACUGGGCUACAGUCCUGAACACAGUCUUUCACAGACUGUGGGGUCACGUUCUGCAUGUCUUUGUGUCUUAUUUCAUGGUGCUACUCUAUAAACUACUGUGUACACUUUAAUCUAAAAGUGGUAGGGAAAUGUAUAGUAAUCUAAAAGCCUGUAAUCUUAGAUCUGUUCCCCAAUUCCCCCUCCCAGAUCAUCCCUCGCUAUGGGCCCAUGAAGGGGGGCAUCUCUGUCACCAUCAAGGGCUCCAACCUGGGCAUCCACAAGGAGGACAUCAAGGCCAUCAGUGUGGUGGGGGUGUCCUGUAUACACCAGGAGGAAAAAUACACUGUCUCCACCAGGUAAUACACAGAAUGACACCCUAUUCCCUUUAUAGUGCACUACUUUUGACCAGCGGCCCAUAGGACACACCCACAGUCACCCUUUCUCCGAGUGUGUUGAUGGAGAACUGAAGGGGUUGUACUGUAAAAUGUUGUGUAUUCUGGAAUGUACUGUGCAGUUGCUGUCCUGAAACAACCCUAAAUGGAGGUGGCCUCUGUAAAUGGAGAUGACCUACCCAAAUGUACACGAGCACUCUAAAAUCUCUUCCAUCCUCUCUGGUUUCCAGUGUGGUGUGUGAGAUCGGCCCCUUGGACCUGCUGAGCACCAACUGGGGGCAGGUGGAGGUGGAGUUGGAGGGAGGGAAGAGAGGAACGUCCUCCGCUUUCUUCACAUACCGGGUAGCUAACCUACCACACUCCUUCACUUCAGGAUGGGAGGAUGGACUCAUGAAGUGUUUACCUGAUUUGGUUAUGUUAUCACCAUUGUUUUAUUUUCAAUUUCCCAGCUAUACAGACGCUGUAUUAAAGAGCCUUUUAUCAGUACGCAUGAAGGGCAUGUCAUUUAAGUGUAAUAAUAUUCUGUUGAAUAAGCUACUCUGGUACUGCCACAUUACACUGGCAGGUAAUGCCCAGUGCGAUAAGAUGAAAUUGCGUUUUGUGUAUUAUAUUAGAAGGUGUGAUACGACGCUUCUAUUUCCUCUGGUGCCUUAACAGGGUACGCUGAAGCAAUUUGACUGUCUUUCUUUAUCUCACACGGCUAAAGCUUCCCCACAGGGGACCGCUCCGCCUAACUGUUUACUCAGCAAAUUGAAGGAAAUGCGUGUGGGUGGGUGGGUGGGCGGGUGGGCGGGUGUGCGUUUUGAAAGCCUUGUGGGAGAAGAAAUGAGACAUGAAUAGGAUGACAGAGCGUGUUUUCUUACAUGGUCCUCCAGGACCCCAUAGCCCGCUCGGUUCACCCCGACAAGGGCUCCAAGGCCGGGGGCACUGUCAUCACCAUCUCUGGCUCCAACCUGGACACAGCCACCAGGGAGGACAUCACCGUCACCGUCGGCGGGGUGGUGUGCACUGUGUAAGUACUGCUGCAUCCUGGGAAAGGAACUAGUAUUGGGCAAGGUUGCGGUGGUCUGGUCACUGGUCAUCUGGAUGUGUUCACGUUCAGCCAACUCUUUAGCAUGAUAACGUGCAACAGGAAACGUGUUGUAAGCUUAAGUGUGUACAGAUCUAGCAAGCAGGGUUGAUGCAUUGAAAAUCAAGACAUUAAUUGAACAUUUGGCCAUGAUUUUAUUUAAUAAGAAAGCCCGGUAAUUACCUAGCUGUCAUGGUUCUGCCAUGUUAGUCUCCUGUGCACCAUGAUCCCGGUUGACCCCUAGUUCUGAGUGGUCUGUGUCCCUGGCUGACUGUGUCCCUGGCUGUGUCCUUGUCUGCAGGGUGACAUUUGGUGCGGACAUCAUCUGCAGGAUGGGAGAGUACCGGGCAGACAAGGUCCCCUCUGACCUGCUCAUGGUCACGGUAAAGUAUGGGAAGAGUACCACCACGGCCGUCCCCACAGCCUUCCAGUUCUGGGAGAACCCCACCAUCCUGGACCACCACCCCAAGGGAAGCUUUGUGUGGUGAGUAUCAGACCUCUAGAGACAAGAAGCUAUUCUAGAGGCGUUGUCUACAUUGUCUCACAACUCCAUCUGCACUGAGACGAGAUGCGUUAGAAUGAUGCCACCUGUCGUAAGACAAUGAAAGCUUCCCUAGUGUAGUUUAAUGGCAUUCAAUUUCCAACACACCUGGCUCCCUCUCCAUGACAACAGUUUGUAGCAUCAAUGAAAUGUGAAUGUGAGCCCCUCUGUGGGUUAAAAUCAUUCCUUUUGUCCCUUUGUUAUGGUGAUGUUGUUUCAGUGGUGGGAGGACCAUCGUGGUGACAGGAUCUGGGUUUGACCUCAUCCAGAAUGCCAUCAUGAGGGUCCAGGCCUUGGCAGAAGAGUGGUCCGGCAUGAGUCCUACUGAGGCAUGGAUUAAUCUCUCUCUCUUUCUCGUUCUCUGCCUCCCCCCCCCCCUCUCUCUCUCUCUCUCUCUCUCUUUCUCUUUCUCUCUCUCUCUCUCUCUCUCUCUCUCUCUCUCUCCACCACUGGCAGUGUAUCAGUUUAUCUGUCAAUCAAACCACAGUCACUCCAGCUCAGCCCUAAACCUAAAAUCCUAAACCACCCCUCUAUCUCAACCACAUAUGGACUGUUAAAUUGCUCCUCAUAAACUAACUUUCAGUGAUCAGGAAGAAAGAUGCCAUAGGCCUGCAUUACGGCCUCAUUCAGGCAGCUUCAUUAUAGACCAUAAUUCCUUAAACCUGGAAGAUUGCAUCAAAAAAGCUCUGAUUCAUCCAGAAAUAAUCAAGAGAGUUUGACUUAAUGUCACACAAUCCACCCCGAGCUGCUGUAGGGGCUUCGCAGAUGCAGACUCCUGCUCCCUGAUGCCUUGGGCGGAAUAAGCAGCGAUUUGAUGCAUUUCAUUUAGAGGCUAAAUUUAAUAGAGGAAUUAAGGUUCCAGCAGAUUACGUGUAGGCAGCUCUGCUCUGUUCUGCUCCUCUCUCUCUCCCUGGGUGGCAGGGACUUGGGGCCGGGGACUUAGGGGAACUUGGGGCCUCACAAACUGGUGACUGAUAAAGUUUACUUAUUAAAGACCUUGUGUGGUUGAAAUCAGCAUCUUUCCGUGGUAAUAUUCUGUAUAUUCUGUCCAUUCUGAACUGUAUAUAACUGCCUUAAUGUUGCUGGACCCCAGGACAGCAGCUAAUGGGGAUCCUUAGUCAAUACAAAUACAAACUAAACAUUUAUUAUAAACUGGGUGGUUCGAGCCUUGAAUGCUCAUUGGCUGACAGCCGUGGUAUAUCAGACCGUAUACCACGGGUAUUACAAAACAUUUAUUUUUACUGUUCUAAUUACGUUGGUAACCAGUUUAUAAUAGCAAUAAGGCACCUCGGGGGUUUGUGAUAUAUGGCCAAUAUACCACGACUAAGGGCUGUAUCCAAGCACUCCGCGUUGCGUCGUACGUAAGAAUAGCCCUUAGCCGUGGUAUAUUAGCCAUAUACCACACUUCCUCUGACCUUACUGCUUAAUGUAGGCCUAUAGUGGUUCUAAAAUGUAUGUGUCUUGGAAUGAGCAUAGUAUGAUGGUUAAAGAGUAUAGAUGAAAUCAGACAUCCAGAAAUGUAUACCUUUGAUGGGGAAUGGCAAUUCAGUUGGAAAGAAUCCCAUACUGUCUUGUUUUCACAUAGUGCCACAAAUGUUAGGAAAAAACAAGAACAACACCAUUAUGUUGAAUCUCACCUCUGUAUUUAUACAGUAACAGUAUGCUAUUCAGUGUGGUCUCACCCUAAAGAUACAUCAAGUUACUGAUUAACAAAACAAGCACAUGCCACAUCUAUUUAAUUAUGUGUGUCUCACCUCUCCUCCUCUCCUAGUACCUCCAGGAGGCUCUGAGUAAGAACGACACGGUUCUCCAGUUCCUGUCCCCUGCCGUCAACAGGUCCUAUGAGACCCAGGUGUUCAGGACCUUCAUCCAGCUGGACAACUGGGUGAGGGAGCUCAAGCCCUUUGACUACCACCCCAACCCUGUCUUCAACCCCCUCACCAAGAAGUUAAUCACCGAGACCUCCAUCAUCAUCGUCACUGUGAGUAGUAGAGGCUCACUACUGAUAGGGUCUUUCUCGGAUGUAGUACUCGAAAUUAUGAAAUUAGAAGACUAUGUUAAGAUUUGGGCCAGGAGUUUUUUACCUGACCAUGUGAGCUGACCUAUUAUACAGUGCAUUCAGAAAGUAUUCAGACCCUUUGACCUUUUCCACAUUUUGUUACGUUACAGCCUUAUUCUAAAAUUGAUUAAAUUAAUUAUUUUCCUCAUCAAUCUACACACAAUACCCCAUAAUGACAAAGCGAAAACUGAUUUUCUGAAAUCUUUGCAAAUUUAUUACAAAUAAAAAACAGAAAUACCUUAUUUACAUACGUAAAUGAGGUCGAAGGAAUUGUCCGAAGGGCUCCGAGACAGGAUUGUGUCGAGGCACAGAUCUGGGGAAGGGUACCAAAAAAUGUCUGCAGCAUUGAAGAUCCCCAAGAACACAGUGGCCUCCAUCAUUCUUAAAUGGAAGAAGUUUGGAAACACCAAGACUCUUCCUAGAGCUGGCCGCCCGGCCAAACUGAGCAUUCGGUGAGAAGGGCCUUGGUCAGGGAGGUGACCAAGAACCCGAUGGUCACUCUGACAGAGCUCCAGAGUUCCUCUGUGGAGAUGGGAGAACCUUCCAGAAGGACAACCAUCUCUGCAGCACUCCACCAAUCAGGCCUUUAUGGUAAGAGUGGCUUCCGUGGCCAGACGGAAGCCAUUCCUCAGUAAAAGGCACAUGACAGCGCGCUUGGAGUUUGACAAAAGACACCUAAAGGACUCUGACCAUGAGAAAUCAGAUUCUCUGGUCUGAUGAAACCAAGAUUGAACUCUUUGGCCUGAAUGCCAAGGGUCACGUCUGGAGGAAACCUGGCACCAUCCCUACGGUGAAGCAUAGUGGUGGCAGCAUCAUGCUGUGUGGAUGUUUUUCAGCGGCAGGGGGACUAGUCAGGAUCGAGGGAAAGAUGAACAGAACAAAGUACAGAGAGAUCCUUGAUGAAAACCUGCUCCAGAGCGCUCAGGACCUCAGACUAGGGCGAAGGUUCACCUUCCAACGGGACAACGACCCUAAGCGCGCAGCCAAGACAACGCAGGAGUGGCUUCGGGACAAGUCUCUGAAUGUCCUUGAGUGGCCCAGACAGAGCCCGGACUUGAACCCAAUCGAACAUCUCUGGAGAGACCUGAAAAUAACAGUGCAGCGACGCUCCCCAUCCAACCUGACAGAGCUUGAUAGGAUCUGCAGAGAAGAAUGGGAGAAACUCCCCAAUACAGGUGUGCCAAGCUUGUAGCGUCAUACUCAAGAAGACUCAAGGCUGUAAUCGCUGCCAAAGGUGCUUCAACAAAGUACUGAGUAAAGGGUCUGAAUAUUUAUGUAAUUUCUAAAAACGUGUUUUUGCCUUGUCAUUAUGGAGUAUUGUGUGAAGAUUGAUGAGGGAAAAAACAAAUGUAAUCAAUUUUAGAAUAAGGCUGUAACGUAACAAAAUGUGGAAAAAGUCAAGGGGUCUGAAUACUUUCCGAAUGCACUGUAAGGUACAACUAGGGUACAACUAGAGUUUUUCCAGUUCAGGUUACAUGUUCUGGAAAAAGUCCUGGUCGCAGUUAUAUUAAUCUUGAUCUAUACAAUAAUCCCAUUCUCUACGGUUUCCAUGGUAGGGCCGAGGCUUCUCCAAGGCCAUGACAGCCAAGGAGGCCCAGGCGUUUGUGGGGGACGUCCCCUACUUUGUCAACACCCUCCAGGAUGACAAGCUGUUCCUGGACCCCCCAUCCAGCCAGCCCCGGGCCCGCUCCAAACGCCACCGCAGACGCAGAGACACCAGCUCCGACCCAUUGGACCUGCUAGUGAGAAUACACACACACACACACACUGGACCACACAGAUACAUUGAUCUGUCUUUGCUAUCUUUUAAUUUAUCUGCAGUUUCCUAAAGAUGGGUAAUUAAAUUCUGCCUGCCAAAAUAGUUCCAGAGUAAUUUGGUGUCAGGGCAACUUAAUGUUAAAAGUUGCCAAUAUUGUUUUGAAGGCAUUCUCCUAUCUACAGUAUUGAUAAUAAUGAUCCUGCUGUAACCUGUGUGUUCCAGAUUAAGUUUGGGAAUGGAGAGUGGGUGGUGGGCUCGGUGCACUACGAGAGGAAGAACGAGGUGUCUCUAUUAAUCAUCCCUGCAGUCAUCGUCCCCAUGCUACUCAUCAUCCUCAUAUCUAUCUAUUGCUACAGGUAGGCUACAGUACACCAUACCGUCUUUCUCCAUGCAUGUGUGGGCGACAACUUCAGUUGGUGUCACGGAUCCAAGCCAGCUGAAUGAUGCACACUUGACAGAAAUGUACAAUGUUACAUGAGUUAGAGUGUAUGUUGGUGUCGGUUUUUGUCUUUGCUCAUUGCUGUGUGUGUGUGUUGUAUGCACAGGAGGAAGAGCCAGCAGGCUGAGAGAGAGUAUGAGAAGGUGAAACACCAGCUGGAGAAUCUGGAGGAGAGUGUACGAGACCGCUGCAAGAAAGAGUUCACAGGUACUACAUUAUAACCACAGCUGUUAAGCAUAACUGUCUAAGGCCACCAAGGGUCUUCAUUACACUUCAUUAUACUUAAUUAUACCUUCCUUAUACUUCAUAUUAAGUACUUCAUCUACACAUCCAUACAUCUAAGUAUCUUUAUUGAGACAUGAUUUAUAGAUAACACAUGACUUACUUGACUUAAACCCUUUUGCUCUUUGGGGAGCAUAGGUCAUUCACAAACUUCCUCCAGUGGGCUCGGUGUUGGGCGGUUUUUUGUGCUUCUUUCAAGGAUGAUCCUGCAUCUAUAAGUUCUGCCUCCACAGAGCUUCUCCAACUGGUUCUGGGUCUUCCAAGUUUCCCUUUUCCCUGUGGGUUCCAGGUUAGAGCUUGACUAGUCGUGUUGGUGGGUGAUUUCCUCAAGCUGUGCCUGAUCCAGCCCCAUUUCCUACAUUUUAUUUGAGUGUCAAUUUGUUCUUGCUGUGUGAUUUCCUAGAGAUCUUCAUUCCUUAUGGUGUUAGGCCAGUAUAUUCCCAGGAUGUGUCUUAGGCAUUUGUUUAUCAAAGUUUGUUGCUUGUGGCUCAUGUGGUUCUCCAUGUUUCUGUUCCAUAUAGUUGGAGUUGAAGAUGCGUAGUUUGUUUCGUGUUGAUAUUUGUUUUGAGAUCCAUAUUUGUUUUAGAAUUAGAAAUUAGGUUCUUGCCUUUCCUAUUCUUGUUUGUAUAUCUUUGUCAAUUCCUCCAUCUUUUCCGAUGACGCUUCCCAGAUAAGUGAAUGUGUCCACUUCCUCCAUGUACAUCUCCGUCCAGGUUUAUGGUGUGGUCCGUGUUUUGAUUCAUGCUCAUGACCUUGGUUUUUGACUUUUUGAUGUUGAGUCCAGUGGUAAUUGUGCUAGAAGCCAGUUUUGAGGUUUUGUUCUGCAUCUGUUGUUUUGUGUGUGAUAAGGCUACUAUGUCAUCGACCAAGUCUAGUUCAUCUAGUUGGGACCAGAGGGUCCACUGUAUACCGAGGUUUGGUCCUGUGGUGGUUUCCUUCAUUAUCCAGUCGACUGCCAUGAGAAAGAGAAGGGGGGACAGCAGGCAACCUUGUCGAACUCCUGUGUUUAUGAGGAAGCUGUCAGUGAGGUGUGUACUUCUCGGCAGGAUGACUGUAGGUAGAGCUGUUGGCUGAUGUUGCUGAACUCCUUUGGUAUGCCGUAGUGUGCCAUGAGCUUCCACAAGGUUUCUCGGUCCAGACUGUCGAAUGCUUUUUAAUAGUCAAUGAAUGUGAGGAGUAGAGAUGUGUUCCAGUCUGUUCAACAAUGAUGCAAAGGGUGGCAAUGUGGUCGGUACAUGAUCUAUCUUGUCGGAAUCCUGCUUGUUUGUCUCUUAGUUCUUUGUCCAAUGCUUUUGAAAGGCUUUCCAGGAUGAUCCUGCUGAAUGCUCUUCCUGGCAUGGAUAAAAGCGUUAUGCCCCUGUAGUUAUUGCAGUCUCUGAGGGUGCCUUUUUUGGGAAACUUUACCAGGUGUCCAUUCGCUUGGUACUUUUUCUUCAUCCAAAUCUGUCCCAGAAGUUGGAGCAGCAUUUCGGUUGCUUUCUCGGAGUCUGCUCUGACGGCUUCCGGAGAUAUUCCAUAAUGUCCUGGUGAUUUUCAUUUUUUUCAUUUUUACUGGGAAGUUUUGCUUGAUAUUAAUGGCACAAAAGUAACUCACUCACUAGAGGAUUGCACCACAUAAUAACACUAUUACUCUAUUAAAGGUGUUUAAAGCAGCAAUCCUUAAUUGAAACACUGGCAAAGUGUACUCCCCGCCACAGUUUCAGUAAAAAGCUGAGGGAUGGGGCUGGAGAAAUGCAACCACUCUCAGAUCGAUAGACUACGCUUUGGAUGCAAGAUCUGACCAUCCAUGAUAUCAACAGUGGUUAUUUAUGGAGGACUAAAAGUGCCACAAUUAAAUAAAUAAAUACACCAUUAAAUAAUUACUUAAAUGUGUCAUUAAUUAAUUCAAAUUAGAAUUAAAUACAUAAAUGUGUAAUUAAAUGUAUCAUUAAUUAAUUCAAAUACCGAUUCAUUUUAUGUAAAAUACAUAUAUAAUUAUUUCACUAUUUACAUUUACAUUUCAUGAUCCUGCAUUGCAGUGAUUCAUGAAUUACUUAAAACUGUCAAACUGACCCAUCAAAGUCAGUGGGCGGGGCUAACGCGAAUCUAGUCUGAUCCAUUGCUUUGGUCUGAAGUAGAGUAAGCCAACCUGGAUAGAGACAAUGGAGGAUCUCCGUGAACUUUCCAGGGAGUUGGUUAGAGACAUUUUAAACUUAGCAGAGGAUGUAGAAGCAGGACCUGCUGACAUUAUCCGGAAUUGAUUUGUCUUGGCUUGAUGCAGAGGGUAACCAAUCAGGCGUUAGGAUCCGCCUACCAACUUUUGAUGGGUCAGUUUGACAGUUUUAAGUAAUUCAGGAAGCACUCCAACGCAGGACCAUGAAAUGUAAAUGUAAAUAGUGAAAUUAUUAUAUAUGUAUUUUACAUAAAAUGAAUCGGUAUUUGAAUUAAUUAAUGACACAUUUAAUAACACAUUUAUGUAUUUAAUUCUAAUUUUAAUUAAUUAAUGACACAUUUAAGUAAUUAUUUAAUGGUGUAUUUAUUUAUUUAAUUGUGGCACUUUUAGUCCUCCAUAGUUAUUUACAUUUCUUUUGUUUACAAACAUUGGAGUAAAACAAGCUUAUAUUUUGGAUGAUUUAUAUAUACACUAGAUGACUGAUAGGGGUGCUGUGUUGAAGCCACCGUGCCUCCAUCUUGGCAAUCCCCUAUCAUUGUAAAAAAUGUUUUGGAAGCUAUAUAAAUGCAUUUAUUAAUUAAUGUCUGCAUUCGUUUUGCCACGUUUAUUAUAUUACAGACACCUUAAAGCAUACUUUAAAAAUAUAUUAUGUGAGCUAAACAUACAAAUAAACAUAUAGAAAAACAUAUAAUUUUUAGAGAUUACGAAUGUUACUGUUCCCACUACAACAACAAAAAAUGUGGAGAAUAACAUUAUUUCAAUCCCACGUGUGAAUCUGCAAUUACACAUGUGAAAGCAAGAUUUUCACAGUUGGAGUUUUCUUACAUGUGAAACUGAAAAUGUUUUCACGUGUGAUUGAUUUUCACAUGUGAACUUGCAAUUCCACAUGUGAAAGUGAGAUUUUCACAUUUUGAGUUUGUGAAACAGCAAAAUGUGAUUUUCACAUGUGAAUGGAUUUCACAUGUGAAACUGCAUAUCCGAUUUCCACAUGUAAAACCGUAAAUUUCACAUGUUAUUCUCCUCACAUGUGAAGAAAGGUGGUGUAAACAUGUGAACUCUAAAUUUAAUACAUGUGAAAAUAUGGUUUUACAAGUUAAAUUUAAGCUCAACAUGUGAAAAAAGCAAUUUGACAAAUUUGACAUGUUUUUCUUGUAAGGGAGUAUAUGUUUACUGUAUGUUGCUGUACAGUCUCAGGAUGAGAACAGAUGUUUAUUUUUCUCUCCCCUGUCAGACCUGAUGAUAGAGAUGGAGGACCAUACCAACGACCUAAGCGAGGGGCGAAUCCCCUUCCUGGACUAUAAGACCUACACAGACCGCGUCUUCUUCCUGCCCUCCAAGGACGGGGCCAAUGACGUGAUGAUCACAGGCAAGCUGGACAUCCCUGAGGCACGGAAGGCUAUCGUGGCCCAGGCCCUCAACCAGUUUUCCAACCUGCUCAACUCCAAGACCUUCCUCAUCAAUGUAAGGCACAUUGAGCCUAGCCAAAUAAUAUCUCUGGUUGUAUUUCAAUAGUCUAAAGUGGCUUUCUCUUCUUGUUUCCCUGAUCUUAAUCUGCACUGAUCUAAAAAACAGAGGAAAGGUGAAAACUGUGUUAGAUGCCUGUUGGAUAUAUUGGAGGCUUGUAUAUGUUUUAUGCCUGUACCAGUCCAAUCUGUUCAUAAUAGAGCAGAUUAAGGAAAUUAGACAUGGAGAGAUGGCUAUUUCAAAUUAUUGAGAUCCCCCUUCCAUUGUUUGAGGUGGAAGAUUUAGCAACAGUUUAUGUUAACUGGAUUAUCAUUAACUGGAUCUUCUGUCAAUCUCCACUGUGUGUGUAGUUCAUCAAGACGCUGGAAGGCCGUCCAGACUUCAACGCCCGGGCCAAGGUGUACUUUGCCUCCCUGCUGACAGUGGCUCUGCAUGGGAAGCUGGAGUACUACACUGACAUCAUGAGAACCUUGCUGCUGGAGCUCAUGGGGAACUAUGUCGACAGCAAGAACCCCAAACUCAUGUUACGCAGGUCAGGGGUAUUACUCUCUAGCUUUAGGUCUUGUUCUGGUAGCUCUACCUAUUGUAACUUAAGUUCUGGUAGCUUAAGUUUUGGUAGCUUUAGUUUUGAAAGCUUUAGUUUCGAUAGAUUUAGUUCUGUUAGCUUUAGCUCUGGUAGCUUUAGCUCUGGUAGCUUUAGCUCUGGUAGCUUUAGCUCUGGUAGCUUUAGCUUUGGUAGCUUUAGUUUUGGUAGCUUUAGUUUUGGUAGCUUUAGUUUUGGUAGCUUUAAUUUUGGUAGCUUAUGUUUUGGUAGCUUUAGUUUCGGUAGAUUUAGUUCUAGCAGCGUAUGUUCUGGUUUCCCUGGCAGCAAACAUCACACUAACCAGCCAGUGGCUUGUCCAUUUGGCCAAUGUCUCCAACUCUGGUAUUGUAGUUCACAGCAGAAAGGAGUUCCUGAACAGAGCUCAGUUGUCUAGUAUAACAGAACCAGGGGUUGUGUAAUGUGAAAUGUCAACUGUGCUCAGCAGUGUUUGAGUGGCUGUGCUAUAGCGCAACGUGUGUAAUUAUCCCCAAUGGAGGAGCUAAUUAUGCUGAUGAGUCCAUUGUGCUAACAUCCUCCACAUACAUAUGACUGUUCAUUGGAUGUGCUAAUGCCAAACAAUAGGCCCUGUGAAUGGAGAGUGGGUUCAGCAGUUCAUGCUAAAGGUUGCUUUGUAUUAGUAUUGUGAGAUGUGUCAGUCACUCCUUUGUUUUGUACUGUAGGUCGGAGACCGUAACAGAAAUGUUGAGAUGUGUCACUCAGCCCUGUGUGUUGUCCUGUCUGUAGGUCAGAGACCGUUGUGGAGAGGAUGCUGUGUAACUGGAUGUCCAUCUGUCUUUACCAGUUCCUCAAGGUGAUGGCAUGACAAUCUUUCAUUCAAUACAGUGAGGGAAAAAAAGUAUUUGAUCCCCUGCUGAUUUUGUAAGUUUGCCCACUGAAAAGAAAUGAUAAGUCUAUAAUUUUUAUGGUAGGUUUAUUUGAACAGUGAGAGACAGAAUAACAACAAAAACAUAUUAUACAUUGAUUUGCAUUUUAAUGAGGGAAAUAAGUAUUUGACCCCUCUGCAAAACAUGACUUAGUACUUGGUGGCAAAACCCUUGUUGGCAAUCACAGAGGUCAGACGUUUGUUGUAGUUGGCCACCAGGUUUGCACACAUCUCAGGAGGGAUUUUGUCCCACUCCUCUUUGCAGAUCUUCUCCAAGUCAUUAAGGUUUCAAGCCUGACGUUUGGCAACUCGAACCUUCAGCUCCCUCCACAGAUUUUCUAUGGGAUUAAGGUCUGGAGACUGGCUAGGCCACUCCAGGACCUUAAUGUGCUUCUUGAGCCACUCCUCUCCAGAUCUUAAUCCCAUAGAAAAUCUGUGGAGGUUCGAGUUGUCAAACGUCAGGCUCGAAACCUUAAUGACUUGGAGAAGAUCUGCAAAGAGGAGUGGGACAAAAUCCCUCCUGAGAUGUGUGCAAACCUGGUGGCCAACUACAAGAAACGUCUGACCUCUGUGAUUGCCAACAAGGGUUUUGCCACCAAGUACUAAGUCGUGUUUUCCUGUUCAAACAAACCUACCAUUAAAAUUAUAGACUGAUCAUUUCUUUGUCAGUGGGCAAACGUACGAAAUCAGCAGGGGAUCAAAUACUUUUUUCCCUCACUGUAUGUUGUUGAUAUGUCAUUAGUAUGUAUGUAUGUGUGCGUUUAGGAGCCUCCUGAGUUAAGAAAAACAUUAUUUUGUGGUAAUUUCAUAUUAUGUGAGGAGUGUCAGAUGUAACAAUGUACCGAGUGUUCUGGCUGCACUCUGUCUCUGUGUGUUGUCAACAGGACUCCGCAGGAGAGCCCUUGUACAAACUGUUCCGAGCCAUCAAGCAUCAGAUAGAGAAAGGUCCAGUAGACGCCAGAGUGAAGAAGGCCAAGUACACCCUGAACGACACGGGCCUGCUGGGAGACGAUGUGGAGUACUGCGUCCUGGUGAGUGACACCACACCGUUACCACGGUUACCCCCGCUCACACGCUCGCUCGAAUCUCGCCCCCUGACAACCGCUGCUACUGCGAUUGUGUUCAUCUGAGUCUGUUCUGACUGCCUUUUCACUGACUGUCCUGACCGCAAUUAUGUGUCGCAUCCAUGAACCCUUUUAUCUUUUUAUACUGCGCCUACACUGUAGCAAUUCAAUACCCUUUUUGUCAUGUUAUACUGUGCCGACCUACACUGUAGCAAUUCAAUACCCUUUUUGUCAUGUUAUACUGUGCCUACCUACACUGUAGCAAUUCAAGACUUGACUCACUGUACAUAGGCUACCUUAGAAAGAAGUGUUUAACUAUGUUUUGCUAAUGCCAGAUAAUUAGAGCUGUCUCCCUAAACAGAGAAACCCUGUGGUAAUUCCUUUUUCAAGGACAAUUAUCAAAUUAUACACAAUCACAGAUCCUGUUGCGGUUGCUCGCAUCCUGUGAUUCAUUGAGUUGAAGAAGAAUGACACAAAGUAAUUACAUAGUCUUCUACAACAGACUUUUUCAAUUACAAAGAAUCCGUUGUAUAAUCUGUAGUGUCCCUAUCGAGUGGUCAGUUUGUUUGGAUUCAGUCUGAGCUGUGAGCUGGGUCACCUGGUCAGAGUGACCGGAGUGAGUCCCUUGCUGGCAGCUGCUCGUUAGGCAGCCCUUGACGAGGUGACAGCACCUGUCAUGUGUCAAAUAUUACCACCUGCCUACAGUAGUUGCCAUGGUAACGUUGCCACAGCAGGCUCACCUCAUGGUAUUGGCUCUGUUCCUCCUCUCAGACUCUGCAGGUGCUGGUGCACGGGGAAGGGCCAGAUGUGACGCCCGUCAAGGUGUUGAACUGCGACACGGUGUCCCAGGUGAAGGAGAAGAUAAUCGAGGCAGUGUACAGGAAUCUGCCCUACUCACAGAGACCCAAGGUGGACAGCGUCACUCUGGGUGAGAAGAGAACACACACACUCCACACACACACAGUCAGUAUUCCAAACCAUGUGUUGUGAAGAUACUGCAUAUGAAUACAUUAACAUCAGCAAGUCUGAAACAAUUGGCACCAUCUAGUAAGUGGAGUGGUGGUGGAUGUCAAUAUAUUUGAGUCAUUAUGGGUGGGUGUUCUAAGCUGCUGUUCUUGCCCCUGCCACAGAGUGGCGCCCUGGUUCCACAGGGCAGAUCCUGUCAGACCUGGACUUGACAUCCCAGAAGGAGGGCAGGUGGAGGCGCAUCAACACCCUGGCCCACUACAACGUGAGUCUUCUAGUGACUGAUCCAUUAGAUGUCAGAGAGAAGCCCUAAUUCUGCUCUUUACUGGAUCAAUAAUGAAAGAAUAACACAGACAAUGCCCAAUAAAUGCCCCAAUAAUGUGACAGUGGCACUAUCUAAUCAAUGGCAUGGAAUAUGAAUUAGGUCCUGAGACCCAAUGACAAUCAGCUGACCUGAGUGAGGUGUAUAUUGUGUCCUAGCUGAACACAGUGUGUGUGUGUGUGUGUGUGUGUUUUUUUUUUUUUUCAGGUGCGAGACAACGCUACUCUAGUCCUGUCCAAGGUUCUUCACCCUCAACAGAACUAUGACCAGAACCAGGAUAACCAAGAGGAGAGUAAGUGAUCACUAUGAGAUGUUAUGAGGGGUCAUGCAUGCUUAUGAAAGUCUAACAAUGCAUUAUAACCACAUGAUAAUGCAUUAUAUCCGCUGGCUUUAAAUAAUGUGUUACUGAAAAGUAAAAUAAUUGGUCUCUACUCUCUCUCUACUAGGAAACUCCUUGUUGGACGAUGACAAGGUGUUCCAUCUGGUUCGGCCUGAUGAGCUGGAUGAGAUGAAGUCUAAGAGGGGCAGCAUGAAGGACAAGUCCAUGACCAAAGCAAUCACUGAGAUCUAUCUCACACGACUGCUCUCUGUCAAGGUAUAACUACACUACCAGGCAUAACUACAGUACUGUACGUACAACAGUUAUAAUAAGGUUAUAUGAGGACAAGUCCAUGACCAAAGCCACCAAGGAGAUCUGUCUCACACCACUGCUCUUUGUCAAGGUGGGCCUGCCAUGUUUCAGUACAGUUACAUUUCAUUCAAUAAAGAAAGGGAUCUUUGAGAUUCAUUCUCUAAGAAAAGCUCUUUGAGGAUGCUAUGUGAUAAUAAGUGAUGGUCAGUCUUCGAACAAAACUUUGUUUGUAGGUUUGAAGGUGUGCGUCAAUGACGCAACCUUGCUUCAUAGAUACAGUGUGUAAAUGACUGGGUCGCAGGUAUCAGGCUGCACUGAGGUACUUGGCAGCUCCCUACCUCUCUGCCCUGCCUCACACUGUGUCUGUUGGUCUGCCUCCUUCCAGGGAACACUGCAGCAGUUUGUGGAUGACUUCUUCCGCAGCGUGUUGUGUUCCGGGGCGGUGGUGCCACCCGCCAUCAAGUACUUCUUUGACUUCCUGGACGAGCAGGCGCUCAAACACGAAAACGUAGAUGAGGAGACCAUCCACAUCUGGAAGACCAACAGGUACACACAUACAUGGACACAUGCAUACACACACAUACAGUGAGGGGAAAAAGGUAUUUGAUCCCCUGCUGAUUUUGUACGUUUGCCCACUGACAAAGACAUGAUCAGUCUAUAAUUGUAAUGGUAGGUUUAUUUGAACAGUGAGAGACAGAAUAACAACAAAAAAAUCCAGAAAAACGCAUGUCAAAAAUGUUAUAAAUUGAUUUGCAUUUUAAUUAGGGAAAUAAGUAUUUGACCCCUCUGCAAAACAUGACUUAGGCAAUCACAGAGGUCAGACGUUUCUUGUAGUUGGCCACCAGGUUUGCACACAUCUCAGGAGGGAUUUUGUUCCACUCCUCUUUGCAGAUCUUCUCCAAAUCAUUAAGGUUUCGAGGCUGACGUUUGGCAACUCGAACCUUCAGCUACCGCCACAGAUUUUCUAUGGGAUUAAGGUCUGGAGACUGGCUAGGCCACUCCAGGACCUUAAUGUGCUUCUUCUUGAGCCACUCCUUUGUUGCCUUGGCCGUGUGUUUUGGGUAAUUGUCAUGCUGGAAUACCCAUCUACGACCCAUUUUCAAUGCCCUGGCUGAGGGAAGGAGGUUCUCACCAAAGAUUUGACAAUACAUGGCCCCGUCCAUCGUCCCUUUGAUGCGGUGAAGUUGUCCUGUCCCCUUAGCAGAAAAACACCCCCAAAGCAUAAUGUUUCCACCUCCAUGUUUGAUGGUGGGGAUGGUGUUCUUGGGGUCAUAGGCAGCAUUCCUCCUCCAAACACAGCGAGUUGAGUUGAUGCCAAAGCGCUCAAUUUUGGUCUCAUCUGACCACAACACUUUCACCCAGUUCUCCUCUGAAUCAUUCAGAUGUUCAUUGGCAAACUUCAGACGGGCCUGUAUAUGUGCUUUCUUGAGCAGGGGAACCUUGCGGGCGCUGCAGGAUUUCAGUCCUUCACGGCGUAGUGUGUUACCAAUUGUUUUCUUGGUGACUAUGGUCCCAGCUGCCUUGAGAUCAUUGACAAGAUCCUCCCGUGUAGUUCUGGGCUGAUUCCUCACCAUUCUCGUGAUCAUUGCAACUCCACGAGGUGAGAUCUUGCAUGGAGCCCCAGGCCGAGGGAGAUUGACAGUUAUUUUGUGUUUCUUCCAUUUAUGAAUAAUCGCACCAACUGUUGUCACCUUCUCACCAAGCUGCUUGGCGAUAGUCUUGUAGCCCAUUCCAGCCUUGUGUAGGUCUACAAUCUUGUCCCUGACAUCCUUGGAGAGCUCUUUGGUCUUGGCCAUGGUGGAGAAUUUUGGAAUCUGAUUGAUUGAUUGCUUCUGUGGACAGGUGUCUUUUAUACAGGUAACAAGCUGAGAUUAGGAGCACUCCCUUUAAGAGUGUGUUCCUAAUCUCAGCUCGUUACCUGUAUAAAAGACACCUGGGAGCCAGAAAUCUUUCUGAUUGAGAGGGGGUCAAAUACUUAUUUCCCUCAUUAAAAUGCAAAUCAAUUUAUAACAUUUUUGACAUGCGUUUUUCUGGAUUUCUUUUGUUGUUAUUCUGUCUCUCACUGUUCAAAUAAAUCUACCAUUAAAAUUAUAGACUGAAGGUGUCUUUGUCAGUGGGCAAACGUACAAAAUCAGCAGGGGAUCAAAUCCUUUUUCCCCUCACUGUACAAACCCACUUCCUGAGAUGACUCUCUUAGAAGCACACUGACUAAGUAAUCAGUGUACGGAAUACAAAUGUAAAAGUACUUCUAUCUCUUCUGCAUUCUCAAUCUGAGUACAUAAAUUACUGUCAAGUUGGUUAAAGCUAAAGUAUUUAAUACAAUGUGUUGCAUAUAGAUGUCAGUGAUUGACUUGGCGAUGGGAGAUGAGUGAUUUAAUUAUGCUACACAACAUUCAGUUGGCGUGUGUUUGUUUUGUUUAUCAAACCAACCGGGGCCUCUUGGAUUAAAUAUGAAUGUGUGUAUCAGCCAUAACGACAAACAAACAUGGUAAUUACGUCCCCAGCUAAUUUAAUUGUACCAUUAUAUAAUUUUUUUUUUUUGCCGUUGUUUUCUGAAUGUCCCAGGAGGUGUUGCAAGCCAAGAUGAAUUCCUAUGCUAGUCUGUCUCAGUCGGCGCAGCCUUUAAAGUGAUCAGGGAGAAGUACUCCUGAUCUAUUUUAGCCUUGUUUGAUAUUCCGGACCAACCCUGUAUUGGAGGAUUUGUAUGGACCUGUGUUUGGAAUGCUGAUUAGCACGCUUAUUUACUUAAACAUUCUUUAAGUGUAGUUUACUUAUGUUUUGAAGAUACAGAAUAUUUGAAAGAUAAAGUUUUGCCGUUGGUUUGGCAUGCCUGAUGCAUAUGCUCAUUAAUUUGGACGAAAACAACCAGUUUUCAUCAUUGGCUUGUACUAUUAUUUGGUUCCACUGAAUGGUGAAGAUGUGUUUAUACUCUACGAGGUCUGGACUACUGCUGGUUUCUGCUUCUACCUGAUAAUUAAUUGCACCUACCUGGUGUCCCAGGUCUAAAUCAGUCCCUGAUUAGAGAGGAAGAAUGAAAAAAGUAGUGGAACUGGCUUCGAGGUCCAGAUUAGAAUCUUUGAGUGCUGUUGUAGAUUGAUAGUUGGGAGUUAUUCUUGACCCCCUCCCCACCAGUUUGCCUCUGAGGUUCUGGGUGAACAUCCUGAAGAACCCUCACUUCAUCUUCGACGUCCACGUGACGGAGGUGGUGGAUGCAUCGCUAUCCGUCAUUGCUCAGACCUUCAUGGAUGCCUGCACCAAGAGUGAGCACAAACUCAGCAGGGUGAGUCCAAGGGGAAGGGGGAGGAGGAGAGGGAGGAGGAGUGGGAGGAGUAGGAGAAGGAGGGGGAGGGAGAUGAGGAGGAGGAAGGAGUAAGAGGAGGGGGAGGAGGAGGAAAAGGGGGGAAUAGGAGGAAAAGGAGAGGGAGAAGGGAGAUGAUGAGGAGGAGGUAAAAAUCUCUUGAAAGUUGUUUACCUCUGUGGUGAGGUAAGAGAUAAGAGAACAAUAUUAUGAUUAUCAUAUUUUUUUUAUCUCCCCUAGGACUCUCCAAGUAACAAACUACUCUAUGCAAAGGAGAUCUCCACCUACAAGAAGAUGGUCGAUGAGUACGUAUCGUCAGCAGUUCCCAAUAACCUAAACAAUUUGUUUAGAUUCUUGCUACCAAUGCUGUUAUAUUGUGGGCUUGCAUUGACGCUUGUCAGUAUGUAAUGUAUAGAGAUGAUGAUCUUAUCUCUGUCUGUGUCUAGUUACUACAAGGGCAUCAGACAGAUGGUAUCAGUCAGCGACCAGGACAUGAACACUCAUCUGGCAGAGGUGUCUCGGGUAAGAAACACCUUUCUCUCUGCCUUCUAUCUAUGGUAGCGUGGCACCCUAUUGCCUAUAUAGUGCACUAUUAUAGUGGACUACUUUUGACCUGCGCCCUAUGGGCCAGGUCAAAAGGCUGCUGGUCAAAAGUUGUGCACUAUGUAGGGAAUAGGGUUCCAUUUGGGACACAUACUAUACCUCUGUGGUAUUAGUCUUAGUGGUGCACUAUUCUAGACGUUAGUGAUGGUAAAGCCAAUCAUAGACGUGGUUCGUUCUGCUCUAAGAUUGUGUGACUCAAGCCAUGAUUUGUCUGUUGUUAAGAUGCAUCUCUGAAUCGUAUGUUGCAUCUCCCAGACUCAUACAGACAAACUCAACAUACAAGUGGCUCUGUAUCAGCUCUAUCAGUACGCGAGCAAAUACUACGAUGGGGUAAGAGGCCAUUCACUUUACAUUCCAGGGAGAAUGCUGUGCAGAACUGCUUUUUUCUUCUUCAUAUUUUCAAAUCGUUAAAGCGAUUCCAAAUACUUUUAAUUGAAAGUAGUUCUGUUGUACUCUCUCUCUGUCUCCACCCUCUCUGUCUGUCUCUCUCUACCGGUCUCUUUCUCCAUCCCCCCUCUCUCUCUCUCUAUUCCUCUCUCCCAACCAUCCCUCCCUCUCUCCCCGUCUCCCUACAGAUCAUCCAGUCCCUAGAUGAGGACCCGGCAGCCCAGAGUAAACAGCUCACCCUGCGGCUGCAGCAGAUAGCAGCCGCCCUGGAGAACAAAGUGACAGAUCUCUAACCUACUGGAGGGGCCAGGGAGAUGGAGGGAGGGAUGGAGGGAGAUGGUAUCGUGCCGCCAGUGUCUAUAGGGGCUUAUUUCUGCUGGCAAAGGAGAGAAAAACAGAGAAGGGGGCCUCACAGGGCCUUGAUGUUGAUAAUGUUGACACCUUCAAUCCAGCAGGCCCAGAA